AUGCGUUUCAGGUGCGUAUGCAAGUCUUGGUCUGCUCUCACCUGUAACCCUUUGUUCAUCGAAACACACCGAAACUUUAAUGGCAGAAACCACACUAAUCUCUUCCUCACCACUUGGGACCGAGCCACAAAGCAACAGCAGUUCUUCUCUAUACAAAUCGACCAAGAAGGAAGUCCACUACCAGGUACCAACCACCUUCUGAAACUUCCAACACCACUGACCAAGUAUCCUACUGUCUACAAUGCCCACACUAUCAAUGGCUUAGUCUGUCUUUACUUUCCGCACACAUCGAUUCCCAAUCGAAGCAAGUAUGACUUCCGUGUUCAUCUAUUCAAUCCCUGCACUAGGGAGUCCAUUGUUCUUCCUUAUUCUAUACGCAUAUCUGGCACCUUUCAUGAGACAAACCACUUUGGGUUCUGUCCUCUUACAAAUGAGUAUCAUGUUCUUCAAGUGAAGAAGUUUUUGAACAGAGAUAUGAUGGAAGAUUCUCGUACAAUAUUUGGGAAUUCUAUUCAGAUCUUCAUACUGCGUAUGAAUUCCUGGAGGGGGAUAGAGGUAGAUCACAAUGAUCAGCCUUUCGAUUUUCACACGUGCCAGUUCCAUAGGAGAAGUGUGUGCAUCCAUGGAGCCUUGCAUUGGUUACAUGGGACACAAGAUCUUAUAGUGGUUUUCGACCUUAAAGACGAGAGGUUUAGAGUGAUCCCAUUUCCUAAAGAUUAUAAUUAUCAUACUGUUUAUUUUAGCCCUACUUUUGGGAGUAUAGUUGAAGUGGGUGGAUGCUUGGCUCUAAUAGAUGACAAGGAGUCGAACCAAAGUAUGUUGAGGUUGUGGAUUUUGAAGGACUACCAAAAUCAAGUGUGGGUAACGGAGACUAUCAUUUUUCCCUCUUUGUGGGAGUCCACUUUCCGGCCGGUUCCUUUCGGUACAAUUCACACCGGGGAGCUCCUGUUCCAGUCACCAGCUUUGGUUAAACUUGAGUCUUCUAAUGUGAGGGUUCUUCUAUACAAUAUGAAGAGUAAAAGUUUUAGGACAAUUGAAAUAAUCUUGCCGGAAUGGAUAUUUCCGAGUUCUCACACUAAGUUGAGGUUAUUUCCUAGUUUCGUUGAUAGCAUCGUCCACUUGAGCAUGUAA